GGUAAUCGUCCCAUCCCUACUAUUCAUAUUUUUAGGAUUUUACUGUAGAACCAUAACCAUCAUCUAAACAAGGUUAUUAAUAAUGAACAAUCUUUGAAAUCAUAGACCAUAGCUUUAACUCCAUUUAUCCCUCUCCUCUAAAGACAAAAAUAUUUAAGAACUUAAGGAGAGCUUAGACAGCCUAGACAUUUAUCCAUCAGAAACUUACGGAGCUGGGGUUUGCGGCAUGAACUAUGUGACAAAAACUGGCAAAAAUCAAGACCACAUCUUUUACAAGCCAUGUUAACAAGGGGAAGGACACCUCAACAAGCUUUGCAACAGUGUCAUGUGGAAGAGGUUGUUAUUCGAUGCAGAGACUGCCUCCCCAAAUAACUGUAUUGCAGUAACUGUGAUGUGUCAGUGCAUCACCAAUAUGUUCUACACAACAGGGAGUCAUUUGUGGGAGGCUUUUACAAAGCCAUGUCACCGAAAUGCAUCGUUACAAAAGACAGCACUGGUGAACAUGUAGUUAGUGAGGAAGAUUGUCUCCUACCGAUCGCUUUGCCCAACAAGAUUUGCUGUUGUGGUGCUGAGGAUGUUUCAGUGAAUGAUGGCCAUGCCAUUAUCUUCAUAAAUAUUAAUGGUCGCUAUGAUCUCUCCCUUCCUUUGGUAACCUGUAAGUCUUGCUUAAAACCGUGGACACCUGAGGUCAAAUACCUUAUAUUAAAUGGGUACUGGCCUGGAACCAUUGGGUUUCAAACAGUUUACACUGUCAACCUGUUCAGUACCUUUGAAGACUUUAAAGUCACAGCACCUGGCCUAUCCAGACAGGCCUUUGUGAGAAUGCUGCAAAGCCGCUCAAUGCGUUCUGGCAGAGUUGGUACAAUAUCAGUGGACUGUUUUCAGCGCAGUUUUCUGGAAUGGACGUACUGUAGACAUGAGAUGGAAACACUUCUUAGAGAUGACCAUUUCUCCUGUCCAGCUUGCAGUCAGGAUAUGGUGUCAGUGUCUCUUGAUGGGAACAGGAAAAUGUACAGGUUUAAUCGCAACGGGAUAAAUGAAAAUCCAUAUUUUGACGAAACCUUCUUUGCCAAAAAUGAAGAGGUUGCAGGGUUUUUGCAAACUAUUAGAGACAAAAUCAAAACUUCACCAGGCCCACCCAUUUGUGGAAACUCACACUUUAAAGCUGGUAAUGAGUCUAACAAUAAGUCUCAAUCCAAACUUGAUGAAGAGGGUGUUAUGAUUUCAGUCUGUAGACACUGCAUUCUUUUGAAUGGUAGGUUCAGCACUCUGAUGAACCCAAGCUAACCAAGACUUUCUUGUCUUUGAUUAUACUAGAAUUCUGAACUAACUCUUUUGUAACAGGAGUACAGAUGUACAGUGGAGAAGUGUUUGCAUACCCUCUUUAUCUUCAAAAAGAGCUUGGCAAGACACAAAAGAUUGAGUUUGUCUUCACUGAUGUAAUGUGCAAAUAUUACCCAUACUUAAAAAGAGUGCGUGAGGCCUUUCCUGAUCUAGAGUAUCUUUUGCAAAUGGGACCAUUCUUAUCAGUUAUGCAUGCAAAAGGUCAUUCAACCAAAUGUGAGGUAAUUGUAUUGAUUAUAUAUUUAUUUUUAAUUCUAAAUACAUAAUGAUUAUUAUAUGAGUAAUUUUGAUACAAUGCUGCAAUGAUUAUGCAUAACAGGUGGAGUGGGGUGGCCGCAACCAAGAGGGAGCUGGUGAGUUUUAACUUUCGAGCAGUGGUCUCAAACCUGUUCCAU